GACACAAUGCGGCUAUCCUGGAACCACUGCUCAGGGACAUUGCUUCGUCGGCAUUCACGGGAGCAAACCAGCUUGUUUCGUAGUUGAACUAUUUUUAAGCAUUUCUUUUUAAUUUUGUUUCAACUAAUUUAAGUCGCACCACCUCGCUUCGUAUCCAUUGUUUGCUUUUCACCGCAUUCUGUGUGAUGAUCGUCAACCUGCCUGAUCGAUUUGUUCUAGUAAGAUAGUAUCGCGAAACAUUUAGCGUGAGAUUGUUUCGGACAGCAUCGUUUCCCGUACUGUGUGCAGUGUUCUGUACGGCUUUGCCUUAAGUGCGACAAUUGUAAAUCGUUUGUUUUAAGUUAAGAAGAUUGGUUUUAACUGUGUACCGUUAGUGUAUCUCGUGUCCAUUAGUUCGUCUCGUCCGUAAUUCAAGAACCAAAGUAAUUUAAGGUUUUAAAAUUAUUGCGCUUGUUUCACAAGUCUUUAGAGACUUAGAGAAGUGUAUAGUGAGGAGAUAGCUCUGUUGGUUGCGCUUGUACGAACCAAGCGUAUUUUAAAGCCAUUUAAUCAACUAGCUUAAGGGAAAUUUGAACAAAUUUGCGGUUCUUAGAGCAACAAGCGUUUGAAAAAAGAUUUCAUACUAUAUUUCAUCUAUUAUAGUUUGGACCUCCAUUGCUAAAGCCGCAUCUAGGCUGUGACCAUGAAUAAUAGCAUCACCAAUACCUACUACGAUAUGCGUUCCUUCCCGGAUCUGGUCGCAAACUUAGCAGCGGAAAAUACUAAGAUGUACAACACUCGGCAGACCUACAACGCACAGGGAGGAGGAUACAAUAUGAAGUUUUACAAUUAUUACCAGCAAACCGCACCGUAUGUGCCGCAAAUGUAUGGCAAUUGUUUCCCAAAGCAGCGCUACACUCCGUAUCCAAACCGCAACUAUGGAGCCGUUGGUCCUAGCAACUACAAUGUAACAACGAAUCAUAGUAACCUGCCUCAGCCGCUGCUAACACCACAGCAAAAUCAGCAGCAGCCGUAUUCAGCGUUGUCAUUUCAAUCAGCAAGCACCAGCUUCUGCCAGAUGCCAAUUAAUAAAUCACUCAACUCCUCGCUCAAUAGCAGUAGCUAUUCUGAUUCGGGUAAGAAUUCAACGUUCUACAGCAGUAACCAGAGUGGGUGCAGCAGCCCGCACCAGAGCAAUUACUCCACCGACAGUGGAAGUAUGGCAAGCAGCAGCGGAACGAUUAACACUAGCGGUGGCCCCGGAACCUGUUCCAGCGCGUCGAGCUCUUCGGUGUCACCGAUACCGCCGAUUCAACCACCGCCGGUGCAGCCACUGUCUACGGUUUUGCUGGGCCCGUCAGUGGAAUCGCCCGAUCAGGAGAUGGUGGUGCUUCAAAUCAGCAAUUUGGAUUCGUCCAUCGAAGAGCACAAAAUGCACCAAUUUUUAAUGUGCCAACUGAAACCCAUUACUCCCGUCAUUUCGCUCACGAUCGAAAGUCCUUCGCUGGCGAAGGUGAAAGUACCCACGGCACAGUGUGCAAAGCAAGUGGUAGCCAAUCUGCAUCGCAAAAAGAUCGGCCACAAGCGUAUGGUUGUUUCGUAUAUUAAGGAUCCUUCGUCGGCCGAAUCGUCGGCUCUGCGUUGCCAGGUUGCUGGGUUGCUAAAGGAUGUACCUUGUUUUACCCUGCCAAUUAAUCGUUUCCGUGAGCUGUUUCAAUCGCGCUUCAAGUCAUCGAUUAGCGUACUUGAUCUGUAUCGAAUGCAGGAUGUGUGCGUGAUUACGCUCGACAAUAACGAAGAGAAACACAUCUCGCUACAGCCGGCAUUGAUUGAUACACUGAAGAAUAGUUCGCUUGUAGAGACGUCGCAGCAUAGCGUACCGUACUGCAUGCAUCAUUUUAAGCAGGAGAAGGAAAAAGGCUGGGCAGAGCAGGAGAUCGAACCGUUGCCAAAUGUCAUGAUGACCAUUAACCAGUUACAGUUGCUCGUGUAUUCGCUCCUCAAGUCACACAAGAACGACAUUCCCGUUGCAAGCAUUUUGUAUUGCAUCGAGCACGAGCUGCAAAUGAAGAUAGUCCCGAAUGAUAACGGUGUACCGCUGGAACACUUACUGUGUUGCAUCCGAGGUGUGCAAAUUGCGAAUAAUAGUUUCGGGAUAAAAGUACUGUCCUGGAUGGAUCACGAGCAAAACUGCACCAAGGAUAAUGAUGAUGUUUGGUCCGUAAAUCUUCGCUACAUGCCCAAGAGUCCGUCGAACGAAUUUCUUCAGCAGAUUUCGCGUGAAGUGGUCGAGCUGAUCAAGAUGUCGCCUAAAUCGACGAUGAAGUUUACCCGGUUCAUUCCCGCCUAUCAUAACCAUUUUGGGAAACAGUGCCGGGUAGCGGACUAUGGAUACACGCGACUAAUCGAACUGUUCGAAGCGCUGUCACCGGUGGUGCAGGUAAUGGGCGAUGGCGAAAAUCGCCACAUUACCCUAACGCAUCGAACGCAGAUACGCCGUUUUACGAGCGAUCUUCUCAAGAUUCUACGUAACCGCGCGAAUAAGUCGAUUCUACUGUCCCAGCUGCCAAUGGUAUUCAUGCAUGCUCAAAAUCGCCCCUUCGAUGUUACCGAUUACGGUGUGUGCAAUCUGUACGACAUUGUGGAUGGUCUCGUGUACAGCAACUCUAUUACGACGAAGGUGCAGAACGAUAACGAUGUGUUGAUUUCGAUCGUUAAGCGUAAACAAACCGCAACCGAGCUGGAAAAGACGAGCAGUUUUGCAGGUGAAGUCGUAGAGUUGUUUCGUAAGGCACCUCAGUUUUCUAUACUGUUUAAGAAAUUUGUACGGUCGUACCAUUACCACUUCGGAUACCAAUGCCGUCUCAGUGAUUAUGGACUGCUGAAGCUGUCCGAUCUGUUAGAAGCAAUAAGCGGUAUUGUGGAGAUGGAACAAACCAACGAUGAGGAUCGCAAGAUCUAUCUGAACUAUCAGGUAGCACUACGGAUGUUUGCUGAGCAGGUUCAGGAAAUCAUUAAAACUGGCACAGGAAAACCGUGUACUGUCGUGCGUUUAAGUGCUAUUCUGAGCAUUCACAAAAAUCAAUACGGUUACCAACUGCAACCAAACUGUCUAGGAUUUAGCAACAUGUAUGACGCGAUGAAGGCUCUACCAUAUACCGAGGUAUUUGAAGCUGGGGGCGAGUACAUGGUGAUCUCUCAUUUGGAAGAUUCUGCCUUUCGUAUGCGCACGUAUGCUACCUGCAUGGUGUUGAUGGAGUUUCGCAAAGACCGUGUUACACUGUCGGAGCUUAUGCGUAGCUAUCAGAUGCGUUUUAAGGAGUUCUUAAGCGAAAAGAGCAUUUGCAACAUGAACCAUGCGUUGACGAUCGAAAUGGAUAAGGGCUUACAAACGGUGACAUUGACGGCGUUGAUGAAGUUUAUCAUGCGGAUGGUACAAGUGGUCAAACAGCGAACGUCGAUCAGUGUAUAUGACCUAAAACUUGCAUUGAAUGUAUCGUUGGGAACGUGCUUCGAAUUUGGAUAUCCCAAUCUGGUUGCAGUGCUGAAUGCUUUUUCCGAUGUGUUUGUAGCAGGUAAUGCUACUUAUAUUAAUGAUAAAAGUGACAUCGAACUUAAUCGUGACUGUAUUUUAUCUAAAGGAUGGAAUGCUUCGGAAGAAAGUCUAUCCUUUAAGAAUGCAUCCCAAAGUAAUUUGAUGCCCAAUGUCAAACAUGUAUCCAACGAUAUCCGCCAUCCGUCUGCACCUUCGGGAGGAUGUUAUUCUAAAGAUCCUGUUCCAUUCCACAACACGGUUAAUACUCAGUAUCUGCAACAGCGUCGGUCCCUCGGAAACGAUUACUCUACACCUCUGCUAAAAACUCUGCAGCAAUCGCAUGGUCCACAACCGUUGCAAACUUUACAAGUACCUUCCAAUCCUUGCUACGGUUAUAAUCACCCCCAGAACAUAUUGAUGCCUAAUAAUUACGGCCACCGACACUCUACCAACUCAUCGGCGUUUCCUCCAAUGGCAUACGGAUCGUCGAUUGGGGCUCCCAAAAGUGACAUGGACAAGGAAAAUAUUAAACCAAUGCAAAAUAGUCACGUAGCGCAUGACCUGAUGGGCACCAACUACAACAAGUAUUCUUCCAAAAUUGCACAAGAUCAGGUGUCAAAUGUUUUCCAGUUGAAUUGUGCACCGAAAGUAGCUGAAAGUGAUGGAUUUUGGGAGCAAGAGGCGGUACGCUCAACAGGACAACCGUUCAUAUCUAAUCGAUCUACUCAAAAUCAAUCGAACUGCUGGAAGAAGAAAGGGGAAAAUUUAACGGAAUUAAUUGAUUCUCGCAAUUCCGUUAUGGAUGUGGUUGCUGCAUACUGGGAACCACCAAAACCGGAUACACCAACAGAUAUGAAUCUUCCGUUCUGGUUGGAUCCUAUCUGGAACGAUUCAUUACAAAAUCUAGACAGCAUUUCCUUGUGGUCGGAUCCCGGGAAAACGCUUAACAUUCCAAUUCCGGAGCUGAAAACAAUUAACGAUCUACCGCCUCUAAAUACACCUUUGGAAAUUCUGUCCGAGCAGUUAUCGAUUUUUUCCUUCGAUCAAGAUAAAUAACGGUCAUAUUCUUUAGCCUGACAGCUAGUCAAUCGAGCCAACUACAAGCUGUCGAAAGGAAUGGGUACAAGUGAGAACCCUCAAAGCGCGAGAUGUCCUUUUCCAAAGAUUGAUCGUGUGCCUUUCAUUUGAAUCUGAUCCCUAAGGAUACGAUGAUCCUGGCCCGAGAAGGUCUUCUUGAGCAAAGUCAAUUCGUUGACAGCAUCAGCAUACGAUCUACCGUUUUCCGGAAUGGAUAUUUUCGGAUGAAUCGUUCGUGGAAAUGGUAUGAUAAGCAUUAGCCUGCAGCGAUUCCUGUGAUGUAGCAUCAGCAUCAUUAUGUACCUUUCAAUCGGUUAAAGAACCAGUUAGCAUUUAAGUUUAAAUUGAUCGUAACUUUUAACUUAUUAUAUUUAGAUAGCGAGAAAAGACUGUGCCAAUCAAAUGAACUUUACCGAACUCCAAGAAUGGCGUGUAUCUAUCAAUGUAUGCUCACUAAAACAAGUAGUACGUAUUUAUAAGCUUUGUUGUGACUAUUGAAGGAAAGCAAGCGUAGGAUACGAAACCCGAAGGAGUGAGACAUUGUUUUAAAAGUAAUACUCGGAACGAGAAAAACAAUCUUGAUUCCGGAUCGCUUUUCUGGCCAAAAGCGAGCCAUAUACCGGAGGGCUAAGAUUUAACUAUGAGCGAAAUAUGUCCUUGCUGGUGCGGCAAACAAGCGAACCAAGAUAGAGAAAGGUGAAUUUACGUUUCGGAAGAAAAGCAAGGAAAGCAUACAGAUUAAGCUCCCGUGUGCUGAAGUUGUCGUUUGUUUUGUCAGGAAAAUAUUUUAGCUUAUUGCGUAACAAUUUUAACCGUCACAAUUAAUAAUUUAUUCUUCAGUUAUUGCCAUCAAUUUUCAGUUGGUGUUUGUUUUUGCAUGUUAUUAAUUUUAAAAAUGUUGUUCCGAUCGUUAGUAAUUUUAUUAUUCUAGCCUACUGUAAGCAAUUGGCUUCGUCGUUACGGGUAUUAGCGCCAGCAGCUUUAAAAAACGGAUAACUUUCGUAAAAUUGUUCUAAUUUCGUUAAUCGUUUUAGGAAAAAUACUUUCGUUAAACAUUGAUUGCAUGGAUACAUGUUAAGUUUAAGAUGAAAACGGAUUGCAGCUCGCGGAUUAUCGUUACAGCAUAAGCAAUUCAAGUAAAGCAAUAAGUUGGCAACAUAGUUAUUAAGCGUUAUUGUAUUGUUGUAGUCAUACUAAAUAAAAAUUAUGUGUUUUUGUAAA